AUCCCACCAAUUUAUUUAGAAUACAAAGAACUCUGUAAUCUCAAACACAAUGGAAGCAAUUUGUAGUUGAAAUCUAACUUUCUUAACAUCACGUGCCAAAAAAUUACAAAGAACGUGAAAAUAAAAUGACACUGAUAGUUUCUUCGAAAAAAAAAUAAAAAUAAAAAAUGACACUGAUAGUGGCAGCCCAAUUAUUAAAUAUGGUACUAAGUAGUAAGUACUGUAUAAUUUAGCCACAAAAAUCUGGUAAGUAGUAAAGUACCUCCAUUUAAAUGCUAACAAACGAUAUUGCUCUUCUUGUACAUAAACAAUAACAUAACCCACCAACACAAUAACACUAAAGCUUCUAUCUUCUGCUAAGAAUCUUUCUUUUUCCCCUUUUUUUUCCCUCCAUAACAAUGGCUUCUUUCAACUGUCUUUAAAAAGUGUCCUUUAAUUUUUAAUUAAUUAUAGUAACUGAGAAAAUUUUAAAAUAACUGUCGGUUUCUGUUUUUCAGUGACUGUCAAAGCUUAUAUUCCUUGUAAUUGCCCUUUUGUUUAUUUUAUUUUAAAUAAAAGUUCCUUGAAUAAUUUUGUAAUUUUUUUAUUUUCAUUUUCACUCUCUAAAAACAGAAUUUUGCAAUUAAUUAAGGGUUUUUAUUUUUUUCUUUCUCUUUUUCUUUUAACAUUAUUUGAAAUUUUAUGGUUGAGAAAAUAUUAAGGUCUUUUGUCACAUAUGAUGUGAGUUUUGACAUUUUCCUUUGUUUCCUUCUUUGCUAAGAAAUUAUCAAAUUAUCCCAGGUUCCUUCAUACCCAAAAAAAAAGAGGGUAGGAGCUAUUUUUUGUUGGUAAAAUUAGACAAAAAAAGUUGAUUAAAUUAUCUUAAAAUUUGGGUAAUCUUUUUGUGAUUCAAUGGAUUUCAACUAUGAGUGGAUUGUCCAAGCAUUCGUUACAUAAGCUGGUGUAUGGAAGCUCAAAAUAUUUGUUCAUCUCUGAAUAAUCUAAACUCUGAGAACAGAUGGCAAAGGGAUUCAUCAGACAGUCAUUAAUCUUGCUUCUAUUAGUCGUUUCGAUCCAUAGUUCGAUUUCAGUGAAGCUACAAUCAUCACAAGUAGAGGCUCUUUUGAGAGUUCAGUCAAUUCUGAACUUCCCUUCUGUUUUAAGCAGUUGGAAUAAGAAAACCAAGUUUUGUAAUUUGGAACCGUCUUCGUCUGUGACUGUUGUAUGCUAUGGAAAUAAUUUAACUCAGCUUCAUAUAUGUGGUGACAAGGGAGCUCCCAAAUUGCCUCAUAAUUUCUCAAUUGAUUCUUUAGUCGAAACUCUUGUUAAGUUGCCCAGUUUGAAGGUUCUUACUCUGGUUUCACUUGGUUUAUGGGGUUCGUUACCUGGAAAAUCCGAGCAGAUGUCUUCACUUGAGAUGCUUAAUGUAAGCUCGAACUUCUUGUCAGGAACCAUCCCUGAAGAAAUUUCAUCUCUGACAAAUCUACAAGGUAUUGUACUUGAUGAUAACGCGUUCAGUGGUGAAAUUCCUGACAUAUUCGGAUCAUUUCCUGUUCUGAAUGCUCUGAGUUUGAGGAACAACUCGUUUGAUGGGUCGUUACCAAAGAGUCUGAGCAAACUAAGUGGUCUCAGAGUUCUGACACUUGCAAAUAAUCAGUUUUCUGGAGAAGUACCAGAUCUUAAAGGAUUGAAGAACCUUGAAGAUCUCGAUUUGGAGAAUAACUCGCUUGGACCUAAUUUCCCUCAGCUUGAGAACAAAUUGGUGUCAUUGAUCUUAAGAAAAAACAAGUUUAGAUCAGGUAUUCCUGCUGAAAUUGGUUCAUAUUAUCAGCUCAAAAAGUUGGAUGUUUCUUUGAAUAAGUUUAUGGGUCCAUUACCUAUGUCAUUGUUAUCUCUACCCUCGAUCAACUAUCUGAACAUUGCGAAAAACAAGUUUACUGGAGCGCUGUCCAAAAAUAUGGCGUGUAAUGUUGCACUUAAUUUUGUGGACUUGUCGUCCAAUCUCUUGACUGGUGACUUGCCUGACUGCCUUGUAUCAAAGUCCAAGAACAGAAUUCUCCAUUAUGAAGGAAACUGCUUAAAUGCGCCAGAUGACAGCCAGCAUCAAUAUUCCUUCUGCAGAAAUGAAGCAUUUGCCGCUGGGAUUGCAACUUCCAUCAAGAAGCGCGACCAAAAAAGGAAAGCAAUCUUAGCUUCAUGCAUUGUUGGUGGAGUAUUAGUCUUUGCGGUGCUUUUAGUUCUGGUUUUCUGGCUGUUUAGACGUGUUCAUGCUAAGAAGAAACUUGAUGCACAGCCACCUAGAGUUAUAUCUGAAAAGGCUUCAACAGGAUACACAUCAAAGCUUCUCUGUGAUGCAAGAUAUAUAUCACAAACAAUGAAGCUUGGUGCACUUGGGAUUCCAGCAUACCGGACAUUUUCGUUGGAAGAACUUGAGAUAGCUACUAAUAAAUUUGCUUCAGCAGCAUUCAUGGGAGAAGGCUCUAAAGGUCAGAUGUAUAGGGGCCAGCUCAGUGACGGUUCUCUUGUUGCCAUUAGAUGCCUAAAGCUCAAGGAAAAUCACCCUACUGACUACUUUAUGCCUCACAUUGAACUAAUAUCUAAGCUCAGACACCGCCAUUUAGUCAGUGCACUUGGUCACUGUUUCGAGUACUACUUGGAGGGUUCGAGUGUUAGCAGAUUAUUCCUUGUAUUUGAAUAUGUUCCAAAUGGGACACUAAGGAGCUGGAUCUCAGCUGGACGUGCUAGAAGAAAACUCACUUGGUCGCAACGUAUAGCAGCUUCCAUUGGAAUUGCGAAAGGAAUUGAGUUUCUUCAUGCUGGGAUAACACCCGGUAUAUUCUCAAACAACCUCAGGAUAACAGAUAUUUUGAUGGACCAAAACUUGGCUGCUAAAAUCAGCAGUUAUAACCUUCCACUGUUGACUGAUAAUAUGGGAAUGGAUACUAACGGAGCUUCUACACAGUCUAAAGAGGUUUACAAGAGGAUAGAGCACGAAGAUAAGAUGGACAUUUAUGACUUUGGUGUAAUAUUACUGGAGAUGCUCAUGGGAAUACAAAUUAAAACAAGGAGUGAGCUCAAUGCUUUGAGAAACCAGGUACAAGCGAGCCUUGCAGCAGAUGAAGCAGCUCGUAGGAGCACAGUGGCCGAAGAAAUCCAGAACACUUGCUCUGCUGAAUCACUUAAGACAAUGAUGGAAAUAUGCACUAGGUGUCUGCUGAAAGACCUGACUCUGAGACCAACCAUUGAGGAUGUACUGUGGAACUUGCAGUUUGCUUCUCAGGUUCAAGAUGCGUGGCAAGGAGGAGAGUCGCGAAGCAGCAGAAGCAGCUCCCCUGCCUCACCUCCUCAACUUCCAAAGCUAAGGUUCACCAUACAUUAACCAGGUUGAAAGAAAGCUCAAAUUAACGCGGCUAUAAUUAUACUUAACCAUAUAGGAAGCAAACUAUCAGUUGCAUCUCAUUUUGUCAAAAGUAUGUAUCACAUUGUUUUGUGCCUCACUAGAAUGUGUACUAAUUCAAAAGGACAAUGUAUGUGUUUGUGUGUUGAUCUUGGACGUACUGCUGUUUGAUUAAUUUUUUUGCCAGUUUUUGAUAUGGCAAGACAAGUUUUUCCACAUGCCACCACCAAAUCACAACUUUAUGCAAACUAAUACUUCCUUCUUUCCUUAAAAUUGUGUUUAGUAAUUCAACUGGAGAAGUUUGCUCUCCUUUUUGUAUUUGGUGACUAGUUGUACGUACAACAAUAUGAUGCAUGGCCGUGUACCUCAUUCUACACGAUCAUGUUGUAGCCCUUUGCAUACGAACUUAUCUACACAGUUGUGUACCUUCUUCUAAAUGACCGUCUGCGUCAUGUAUUAUUUGAAGUGGUUGUUAGUCGGGCUGAUGGGGGCUACAUAAAGUAAUAGGUGGUUUGGAUUUAUUUGUUUCCUUGUAUUGGAACCUAAUAGAUCCCGUCAAAAAAAAAAAAAAAAA